UCUCUUGAGAACAUUAUUAAUGAUCAUGCACAUUGAUAACUAGAUUUUACGUUAUACCUUCCCACGUUAUGCAUGAUAAAAACAAUUGAUGAUGCAUUCUUGACGAUAUUACCUUCCCAGUUCCCACGUUAUUCAAAUGGGCAAGCCUCUGUUGAUCCCUUCGUCUCUCUCCUAUAUCAGCGCCGGGAAACCGGAGGAGACGCGUGAGUGUGAGUAUACACGACGCAAUGGCAUCGUUGUCCUUCAUGUUCCAAAACAAAGAAGAAGACGCAAUGCCAUCAUAAGUUUACUCCAUAAAUAUAUAUAUAUAUACGUACCAUGUCCUACUCAAACUUCAAUUCCUCCAAACUAACUUCGCUGGAUAAUAAUGGCAUCGGUUUACUCCACCCUAACCUACUGGCUCGUGCACCACCCCUACAUCGCCAACUUCACAUGGACCGAAGGUGAAACCCUAGGCUCUACCGUCUUCUUUGUCUUCGUCGUCGUUUCUGUUUACCUCUCCGCCACAUUCAUCCUCCGAUACACCGUGGAUUCACUCCCCUCUCUCGGUCCCCGCAUUCUCAAACCGAUCACAGCCGUCCACAGCCUCAUUCUCUCCCUCCUCUCCUUAACCAUGGCCGUUGGUUGCACUCUCUCCCUAAUCUCGUCUCAAGAUCCGAAGGCGCGCCUCUUCGACGCCGUUUGUUUCCCAGUCGACGUGAAACCUAAGGGACCGCUUUUCUUUUGGGCUCAAGUCUUUUACCUCUCCAAGAUCCUGGAGUUCGUAGACACACUUCUCAUCAUACUCAACAAAUCAAUCCACCGGCUCUCGUUCCUCCACGUCUACCACCACGCAACGGUUGUGAUUUUGUGCUACCUCUGGUUACGAACACGCCAAUCUUUGUUUCCGAUUUGUCUCGUGACGAACUCGACGGUCCAUGUCAUUAUGUACGGUUACUACUUCCUCUGCGCCGUUGGAUCGAGGCCCAAGUGGAAGAAGUUGGUGACGAAUGUUCAAAUUGUUCAGUUUGUUUUCGGCUUGGGGUUAGGAGCCGUUUGGAUGCUCCCGGAGCAUUAUUUCGGGUCAGGUUGCUCCGGGAUUUGGGCAAGUUAUUUCAAUGGUGUGUUUAGUGCUUCUCUCUUGGCUCUCUUCUACAACUUCCAUUCCAAAAACUACGUGAAGACUACAACCUCGAGUAUGUAUAAGAUCGAAUCCUUUAUAUUUAUAAACGGAGAGAGGUGGGCAAAGAAAGCGAUUAGAUUAUUUUCCAUGAAAAAUGAUUAAUUGUCUUGAAUUGUUGAAUAUUAUUAUAUAUGUUGUUUGGAUAUGUACGUUGAUGUGUUGUUACUGUAAAUGUUUGGGAUAGUUUGAAUUGUUUCAUGUAUUAUAUAUAUAUGAAUAAGAUGACAAAAGAUAUUAAAAUA